AUGUAUAACUCAGGCCUUCCUUGUGAUGCUAAUGUUGGUGCUAUCCUACGCCACCAGUGGGCUUUCCCAGUGACUCAAACUCUAGAACUCAUUGAAAUUAGGAAUUCACUUCCUUCUCUUAAUGCCACUAGUAGAUUGUCUAUAGAUAAGUGUUUCUGGACCCUCAAUCCUACGGGCCAAUUUACCGUUUCAUCACUUUGGGAUUAUCUUAGAGUUCACUUCCCUGCCAUUCCUUGGCCUCAUGUAGUGUGGUUCCCAGGUCAUUUUCCUAUAUGCAGUGUUAUCACUUGGCUUGCUUUACUGAACAAACUUUCCACGGAUGAUAGACUUGUUCUUUUUGGCAUAAAGUCAUCUUCAUCAUGCAUACAAUGUUUGGGAGUUGAAAGUCAUGAACAUUUGUUCUUUGACUGUCCUGUGGCUACCCAGGGUAAAUCCCUUGCUACCACCAUUACUAAGUUAGUUUUCACAGUCUUUGUGCAUCAUAUCUGGAUAGAAAGAAACUAUAGGAAAUUUCAAAAUGUGUCCUGCACUCCUAAUGUUAUUGCAAAUAAAAUCAUUUCUGAGGCUGCCAAGGUAAAUCACUCUUUGUUUGUGGGCUAUAUUUAG